AUGAGUGAACUCGACGAAGCGGCUGUUAAAAAGCUCAAAGUUGCAGAACUGAGAGCAGAGCUUCAAAGUCGAGGCCUUGAUUCGAAGGGAAAUAAACCUGUUCUUGUAGAGCGAUUACUGGAAGCGAUUUCCAAUGUCGAUGAUGAAAAAGCUAAUGGCGAGGAACCUAUGGAAGAAACUGCCGAAACAUCGCAAGAAGAAGUUGCAGAAGCAAAAGAAGAAACUGCAUCACAAGAAAGUCAGCUCGAUGUCCAAGAAGAGGUGCCGAAACUAGAAACUGAACUAACGCAAGACAAUGAAACUGCUUCGGAAAGCACCGAGGUUGUCGACGUCCCAGCUCCGGUCGAAGAGAAACCGUCUGAGGAAGCUCAGGAAACUGUCCAAGCUCCUGAACCAACACCGUCAGAAGACAAAGAAUCGGAGAAAAGGGAAGAUGAAGCGAAAGUCGAGGAACCGAUGGAAACUAGCCAGGAAACUGCAGCGACGUCGGAAGUAAAAGAAGGUUGGUUUACUAAAAUCAAGUGCUUUGAAAUUAACAUCUUAUUUGCAUAAAUGUGGCUCGCGUUGAUUUCUUUAAGAUGGAAACUAAAACGCAGCCCUUGGCUUGGUCUGAUUUUACCAGUUUUGGAUAGCUCAAGUUGGGCAUGUAAUAAGAAAAACUCCCGCCCUUUAUUUGGUCAGUUGAUUGGUAGAAAGUUGUAUACCAAGUCAAAAAAUAUGUAGAUAUUAAGACGGAAUCCACCAGGAAAUCGAGUAAUUGUAAUUCUCGGAGGACAAAAACCUUGUACCAGAAUAAUUUAAAGAAUAUUGCAUUCAUUUUUACAUUUUUCAAGGGUUAGUAAUUUGUCAUCUGUAAUAACACCAAAGAAUAUUUCGCGUGGGAGUCCAAGAAAAUGAAUGUCAAAUUUCACAAGAAUUGUGAAAACACCGGUAAAAUUCUUUGGUGGUAUUACAGAUGACUAACAAUAAUUAUUACAUCUUAAGUCCUUGCAAAAUGUAUAAAAGAAUGCAAUAUACUUUAAAUAACUCUGGUACAAGGGUUUUGUCCACUGAAAAUUAAAAUUACUCAAUUCCCUUUUGGAUUCUGUCAUAAGGUUAAGUUCAUAUCAUACAGUAAUAGUUUUGUUAUUUUCUAGCUUGUUCCUUGGUGUGUUUACACUUUGUUAAUAAUUUAAAAGCAACAUGCAACAAAAUGAUGGUUGAAGUUAGCAGUUACUCUCGUUCCAAUAGUGUACAGGAGAUUUGUUAGAUUAUUAUCAAUAUUCAAUUUAAGUACCUAUCAAUGUUAAUCUGGAGGGAGGUGGGGAGACCGGGCAUUAGAACUUGAAGCAUUUUUUUGGGUCCAAUUCCCUGCCCCAGUGACAUCAUAUUUGGUCAAAAGAGAACAAAUUCCCAACCCCUCAAAUUAAGGGUAGAGGUCAAAUGUGUGUUAUUGAAGGUAGAAACAUACCAACAUUUUUAGGAAGCUGCAUCUGUUUAUUUUAACAGUUGUCUUUAAAAUAGUUUCAAGUGCUUUUUUUUCUCUCAAAAUUGGUUUACAACGUUGUUGUUAAUGUUAAAGCAAAAUGGUUUAGCUGAGAAAAGUUUUACAUUCAAAUAUAUUAUUGAAGUGAGCUACCGGUACUCUUGGGCUGAAAUACAAGCCAUUACCAUUAUUAUUUCAGCAGCUGUCUGCCUGGACUUUAGCACAUUUGUGCUAGGAGGGUCUGAAAGGGGGUUUUCCAUGAACCAUGAAUGCCUAUUUUUAAUCACUGUGGAUUGUAAACAAAGUAAUGUAUUUCCGGUGAUCUGCAAACGAAAGUAAUCCUGUGAUUUGUGAAACAACUAAUUUAGUUCUGAAGAGUCAUGAACAUGGUCUAUAACUGGCUAACGUUUGGGAAAUAUUCAACCUAAACUUUUGAGGAACUUAAGUCAACAAAGAUCAACAUAAUGCCAUGCUUGUGCACUACCAGUUCUAGAUGUGCAGACUUCUUGAAAGUGCCUAUGUUGAUGAAUAUGACAGAGGGAUUGUGUUUGCAGACAUAGCAAUAUGGGAGAAAAAUAAGAUCAAUCACUGAAUUGUGCGUGAUUCAUGAACAGGCUGUUUUAGUUCCCGGGAACCAUGCACAGCACACCUCUUUCCGACUCUCUACAAGUAAGCAUAAUGAGUUACUUUCCUGGCAGGAAAAUGUACUUGUCAUGGAUGAAUGGACAGACUUUUUUCUAGUUCUGACAUACAGCAUUGUUUGUUUUUGGCCUGGCUAUGUAAAACUUUAAUAUACAUGUAAACUAUAAUACAAAUGCAAAAUGAAGAAAAUUAAGUUGUAACUCAGAGUUUCAUGCACCAAGCAUCAUCAUCAUUAUCAUCAUGAUGAUCGUCAUAACUAUAUCACUGAUCUUAUCAAGCCUUAUACACCUGGUAGACUUCUUAGAUCCUCUAAUCAAUAACAGUUAUUGUUACUUUCUACAGCAAAAUUUAAUCUUAACACUUAUGGUGGCCUGUCUUCUACUAUUGCUGCAU